AUGAGCGAGCAGCAGUUUCCCGAGAGUCUGGCGUGGGUGGAGCGCGGCUCUGUCCUCAUUCGCCGCAUGAAUUCGGAGCGCAUCGCUGAAGAUCCGCGUGUGCGUCGCUUUCUGCUCAAGCUGUCGCUGCCUCCGUCGCCCACCGAGGUGACGGCCAUGGAAGCGAUUGCAGAGGAAAAUGCAAAUGGCGACAACGAGGAAAAGAUGCCGGUACCUUCACCGCCUCCAUCUCUGCUUCUGGAUGCCCAAGAGAGUUUUGAGGCCAUUGAGGCAGCCAAGGAUGCCAACGACAUCAAGCAGGAGAGCGAGAACACAGCUUCCAACACAUACAGAGUAUUGCUGUGGACCUACAGACUGCAGGCAUCGCUACAAAGUGCCGUACAAUACGCACUCUUCGCCAAGACCAGCGAGGACGGAUUUUUCAUUCAAAUAGCCCCAAGGGUUUAUUGCGUGGCGCCGCCACAUAUUACAACGUUCAGUCGGCUUUUGGGUGCGUACUCGUCAGCGCGUAAUUGGAACGCGGCGGUGAAGGUGUUGGAGCAGUUAGAUUCUCAGAUGUCGAAGAGAUUCGAAGACGGCGCGUGUGUAUUUGACUGCGGGUUGUUUGACGGAGUAAAGAGGAUGCACCACAAGUCGCUGGUGUUUGACGAGUUUUGCGAUGGACGGAUUGCUUCCAUCUCGUACUGCCGCGGACCUAUUCCAUCGAUGCAUUCCGGGUUCGUGGUAACCUCGACGGUGGCGGCAUGGCUGGACUUAAAACCAUCGAACGUUGCCAUUUUACUGGCGCCAAAUAACGAGCAAAUGAGCGUGUUUGCGACGUGUUGUACGCUCUACUGCAACGAUGCGUCCUCGUUCCCUGAGAACUUUGGAAAUGAGCUGCUCAGCGCGUAUCUGCAUCAUAUCAAACUCGCAGAAACGUGGCCGGCUAAGCUUCAGCGAACAUUUAGCGGGAAUGACCCGAAAAACGCAGCAUACACUGGUGGAUUGCCGCGGCCUCAAGCGCGGUACAUUGCGGAUUUUGGCAAGUUGCUCGAGAUGCGUGACCGGAAACUUUCAGAGUGCGCCGACUUGCCAGCUCUGGAGGAGAAAAAGCAGAAGCUGACGGGAAUCGCCGUGACACCAGCCGCUCGGCCGAUCUACAUCCGCCAGAUUGAUUUAUUUAUUUUGCUAGAACUACAAGUUGUCGAGGGAGAAGCGGGACUCAAGGAAGACGACAAGGGUGUCGUCACUCUAAGCCUCGAAAAGGGAGACUUCGACUGCAUCUCCUCGACGUUCUCACUACCCAAACAGUUCACGGUCCGCAUCUUGUACUCACACGACUCUAGCGCGUUCCCUGCAAUGGAAUCACCUUUGCCCAUUCGACAAAUGGAAGAGAUCACCUCGGCUGGUGCGUCGUCGGCGGCAGCAAACGGUACCGCAUCUCAUAGCAGCUCAUUUGCUGCGCAACGACGGCGCGAUAGUGCGAAGGCUCUGCGGUACGAUGGCCCGAGUGCUGUCACCUUCCUGUUGGGCCAACGUGAUGUCCGGACGCCGUUCGGAGACCUCACAUUAGAGAAAAUUGAUGUGAUCCGGAAGGCGCAUCGAAACCGUGUGGACAUUUAUCUUCUUUUCCACGUGGAUGCUGGCCAUGGCCAAACGAAAGUUUUGCCACUGCGUCAUUUGUUCCGCUUUGCUCUUCCGGAUGCUGUUCGAGAGAAAGUCGUCACGAUGGGAGCGAGUGAAGAAUCAUUGGACGAGAACGUGCCAUCUUCUUUUGACGUCGUUGCAGGAAUAAUGCCCUUCGACGAGGAGUACGCACGAUGGCUGCAGCACUUGUAUGAAACUGAUUUGGAUACUCCAGGAAAUAAUAACGACGAUGAGUUUGUGAGGGGAAUUCCAGUGACUGACGUUCAGCCUAGCUUAGACUAUCGUAUCGUGAGCAUUGAGACUGAAGUGAACGAACCGCCUCCUCCUGCUCGAGACCAGCAAGGCCGCCGUCCUCACACCACGAAAGCCCGCGGCGCGUCAGCUUCGUUGAUCCACCAGCUUCCAACGUACACCUUCAGUACGGCCAAAGAACACAACGACCAAGGGAAUCCAGAUUGUUUGAUCUGCCGCUGCAGCUUCGAAGUCGGCGAGGAGAUUAAAUCACUGCCGUGCUUUCACUCGUAUCAUUCCGACUGUGUCGACUCGUGGCUGUCGCUGAACAAGGUGUGUCCAGUCUGCCAAUUCAGCGUCGACCAAACGCAGCUCUAA